CCACGGCAAUGGGGCCCCCGGCCGUUGGCAUGACGUUCCGGUAGUGGUACCCCCCGUGGCAGUUAUGGAGCGGCCAGCACUGAUGGUGGGGACGGCAACCACACUAUUCAGUGGAAGCCACUUCACCCCCCCCCACAGAGGUAGUUUGGUGCGGCCAGAGCUGGGUAGUAAGGUAGUCAAGAGAUGGUGGGGCGGGGCCCUGGAAGCAUCCAUGCAGGAAUCUCCAUUCACCCCCCACCACCGGCGACUUACCGCGUGCAAGCAGAUGGUAUUAGAUUUGACCCCUCGUUGCGGUGAGGGAGCCUUUUCGAGCCUCUGUCAUUGCACAUCCUACAAUCACGUCAAUCAUUAUCACAAACCAUCCUCACCCUCCCCAUGCACAUAAUACCACGACAUUUUUUAUAUUCUCUCUUUUUUUUUUUUUUUUUUUUUUUUUAGCAGGUUGGCCUUUUUGCAGGACAAGUCACAGGACACGAGAUGAAAGGACCGACACCGCUUUUUCACCCACCACAUUACAUCACACAAUAAAUAUCCCGCCCAUCACCAAAUCACUCUACUACUAUCCGUGGUUCGGAACCCACGUAAAACUGUAGGUCCCUCCGCUAUACGGAUGUACUUCUUCCUCUGUCCUUCUUUGAACCAAUAAAAAACACAAAAAAAACCCUUUUUUACUCUGACUGUCCUUCACUCCUCUUUCACAUCCUGAUAAUGCAGGCUCUGGAUAGUCUGGCCCCUAACUUGUGCGUGGUUUGGCCUGGUGUUUUGGGUGCGUGGGCGGCGUCCGUUGCCGUGGCUGUUUUGGGCUUGGCUUGCUCGGUUGGUGGCGGACUCUCCUGCUUUCCCCGAUAAGGACCUUGUCUCCCUUGCCAUCUUAGAAUGAAUAUAACACGCUAAAAAAAAAAAAAAAAAAAAAAAAAAAAAAAAAAAAAAAAAAAGAUGUCCUUCCUAAUUCAAAUUGCGCCUGGGUUAAGCCCCAGUGACUAUUUCUCCUCCUACAAUUCCCUUCUUAUCACCCCCCUAUUCUUCCCACUAUCCCCACUUCUCCCUCCCCAUCUUUUCUCUCUUUGUUAUGUUAUGUUAUGUUAUAAGCGCGGGCAGACUCAGCUGAGUGUUCGUUGUGAGUUGUUGUUACCACAACUAUGGCACGUACCAAGCAAACGGCUCGCAAGUCCACUGGUGGCAAGGCGCCCCGCAAGCAGCUUGCUACAAAGGCAGCUCGCAAGUCUGCUCCAGCCACUGGAGGUGUCAAGAAACCCCACCGUUACAGGCCUGGAACCGUUGCUCUCCGUGAGAUCCGCCGUUAUCAGAAGAGCACUGAGCUGCUUAUCAGGAAACUGCCUUUCCAGCGCCUGGUGCGUGAAAUUGCUCAGGAUUUCAAGACUGACCUCCGCUUCCAGUCCUCUGCUGUCAUGGCUCUCCAGGAAGCUUCCGAGGCUUACCUCGUGGGUCUGUUUGAGGAUACCAACCUGUGCGCCAUCCAUGCCAAGCGCGUGACUAUCAUGCCAAAGGACAUCCAACUGGCUCGUCGCAUCCGUGGCGAGCGUGCCUAAGAAGUCAUCCACGAAUGAUCUUCAUAACAGCAAUAUCUAGGCCCUUUUUAGGGCCAAACAUCUCUUUCAUUAAAGAAUUUUCAUAGACAAUCUGUUUGGUUUU